AUGGCUGAAUCAGACUUAUUGGAGAUUCCAUCUAACGUGAUUCGUGCUGCACUUCGUGAAACUAUUGAAAAGAAAAUAAAAUCGAAAAACCAUAAAAUUUUUAUAAACUCCGCAUCGCAAGCAGGAGAGAAUAAUUUCUCUGGAAUCCUUUAUCGAGUGUCGUUUAACAAAGAUGGUGAAGAUAAACAUGAACAAUUAAUUCUGAAAAUUGCUCCCCACAAUGCAGCACGCCGUGUGUUUGGACUUCAAGAGUUUGUUUUUUUGCGUGAGAUCUACAUGUACAAUGAGUUUGAAGAGUCAAAAGGUAUAAUUCUUGAAGAAAAUGGUUUCACUGAAUACCCAAUCUGUUAUCGAACUGUCGACGAAGAACCGAGUGAAAGUGUUUUACUCGAAGAUUUAAGUGUUCGUGACUUCCGAAUCAUCGACCGUAACACCGAAGAGAUUACUGCUGAUCAUGUUCGUUUGGUGAUGCAAGCGUUGAAAGAGUCGCAACGCGUUUUGAAUCCAUUGUCUGAUGAAGAGGAUGCUCAUUUGGUGGCCAAAGUGAAGAAACUUUUCGAGAAACAUCCAAUGGAUAUUGCAGCUGAUUGCCUUGAAGUAGAGCUUACUGGGGCAGCUACAGUGAUUUCACAUGGGGACACCUGGCAAAAUAAUACCAUGUUGAGAUAUGAUAAAAACGAGAAACCGAUCGAAAUCCGUCUUUUGGACUGGCAAAUAUCACGUCAUUCAUCGCCAAUCAUCGAUAUCGCUUAUUACAUAUUUUCUUGCACAACGAAAGAACUGAGAGACGCGCACUAUGACGAUUUCCUGAAUAUCAACUACGAAUCUUUAUCUGCCUAUAUUCGAAGAUUGGGCUCUGAGCCAGAAAAACUGUUUCCAUAUGCAUUGAUGUUGGAGCAUUUCCGUAAAUUUGCAAAAUUUGGGCUAUUUAUGGGCGUAAUGUGUCUUCCCUUGCUAAAAUCGGAAAAGGGCAAUGCAAUCGAUUUGGAUGGAUACUCAGAAGGCGUUGUAACUCCGAAAAUUUUCUCAUACGAUAUUUUUCAUCCAAAUCAAUCACAACUUCUAUUACCAACAUCAAAUGAUUUUCUUCAAAGAAUACACCGAACAGAAUUUUGUGGUUGA